UAAGUUGAUUUAAGAAGAUUAGUACACGAAAAAUCUGAAAAAUUCUAAUUUAAGGUCAUCAUAGGCUUUGUUUUUUUUCUUAAUGUAAUAAGCCAUAAAUAGAUUAACGAAUCAAAUUUGUUAUAGACCAGACAGCCUUGAUCUACCGUUAAGAGAUUUAUGACCUUAGAAGUUAUCUUUCCAACCAGCCUUUCUGUGACUUGAGUAGAGAGGGAGACAAAACCUAAUUUUGAUGAAAUCUCUAAAACAAAGCACCAAUGUCGGAGCAUCUUCCUCCUCCUCAAAGGAGGGCUUCUUCCGGAUUUGGUGAUCCCGCAUUGGUAUUCCCUGAGUUUGCUUCAAAGCAACGUGGCCUCGAGAAAGUUCAAGAAGAAGAAGGAGAAGGUGAAGAUAGCAGCUACGGCGGGAAAGGCUCUUUUGACCUGAGCUCCAGGUUCUCGAGCCCUUCCGUCUCUCGAAACGGGUUCGAAACCCCCAAAAAGACAUCGUCUCUGAAGCUGCCUGGAUUCAGAGAGGAAGAAGAGACGGACCGAAGUACGAACUCGGGUUCCUUUGUGGAUCGCGAGGAGAAGAGAAAGUGCCCUGGAUGUUUCAGAAAAUGCUGUGCAUGCACGUGCAUGUUUCUUUCCAUCGUUCUUAUAAUCUUGUUGUUGACAGGACUGUCUGUGAACUCUUCGGUGAAAGCUAGUCUGCCUCAGGUUUCUGUCACAAACCUCAGGUUCUCGAGGUUAGAUUACGCUAAUUCGAGUACGGAUCUUUUGAUGAAUGCGAACAUGAAGACGGUUCUUGAGCUGUCUAACAAGAACGACAAGCUGUUGUAUUACAGCCCCAUGAAAGCUGCUGUCUCUUCUGAGAACAUAAACCUCGGACAGAAGAGACUUCUCGGAUUCACGCAGAGUCCUGGAAACGUUACGUAUUUGAGUAUUCCCACCAGACUUAGAAAGUCAAAGGUCUAUGAUGUUGAUGCUACGUUGCUGAGAAACAAAGAGAAGAAGCUUGAAGCUGUGGUUAAUGUGCGUUUGAGUGGGAAACUGGGUUUUGAUUGGUUGGGGUUUAGGAUUCGGUUACCAACUGUUAUUGCUUGUGAAGAUGUGAAACAGAGUGAUGUGAUCAAUGGACUCAAGCCCAUGUGUGAUGUUCGAAUCUUUUCGCAAUGAAAAUCGAUUAAUACACAAGACCCUUUGUUCUUUGCUUUUAUUUUUUUUGGUUUCUAAUUUUUCUUGUUGUAGAUGGAAUAACAUAGAAAAAAGUAAUUAAUAGUUUCUCUAAAAUUAACAUCGAAAAAUCACAAAAGUAUUUAGUUCUUUUUUUUUGCAUUACGCAUUUAAAUUUUCAUAAUUUAUGUUUUACUUAAGAUUAUGGGCAUCUUUCACCAUCUGACUUAGGUUGUAAAUAUAUGGUUAUGUUUCUAAGUUUGUUGAAGGUUAGUUUGAUGUCAGAAGAAAUGGGUUUCAUUUCAUGUUAGAUGAAAGCAUAUUCACACUUUCAGAGCCGCGUUUCCAAUCUUGAAAGAGCAUGAAACAGAGAUUAUCAAUUUUUGAUUAGAUUAACCAUCUUCAAAGCAGAGGAUAUAAGUGCCCAAUGAGACCAUUCCUUGAAUAUUUUCAGUCAGAAGCUUUUUUUUUCUUUCAGGAUAUAAGAUAAGCUUUUUUUUACCAUACUCAGUUUGUCUCUCUUUGUAAUUUAGAAUUAUAUAUUUUUUUUAAAAAGGGCUUUCAUAUUUAAAUUGCAGUGCUGAAAAUAAAGUUACAAGGCUAUGAGUUUUGACAUCAUAGAGUUCAAAGUAAAGCUUGGGAAGGAAAGAUAAUUGACAAAAUCAUAUGUAGAUUAUAUUAUUAGUUUCAUCGAUUUCUCUGUUAAAUAUAGAACGUUGGU